AUGAUCGUUCUUUUAUUUGUUACUUUUAAACUAAUAUAAUCAUGUAAAUCGCUUUUUAAUUAAUUAGGUGAAUAUCAUUGUGAAACUUGUGAUACUAAUUAAGAUUUUUGUUCUAGUUGUCCCUCGACAAGAAAUUUGAAGAUUGUUGUUGAAAAAGGAGCCAACGUAAACGUAUGUCAUUGUAAACAAAAUUUUGUGGAUAUAGGAGGAUAAGAGUGUUUGUGUAAUUUAUAAAAACAAAAUUAGAAUGCCCUUCUAAUUGUGUAGAUUGUGAUCCAAAUGAUCCAUCUAAAUGUAUUAGUUGUGGAAAUGAAGAGCUUACUUAUAGAGUUUUAGGCAGUAAUUAAACAUGUAUAUGCAAAGAAGGGUAUAUUGAAGUGUGGUAUACAUAUAAUUGUUAAAGUAUUUUUGGUUAUUCUAUUUAGACAUAUAAUUCAAAUAAUAAAUUCUUCAAUUUUAAUAUAUAUUAUCAUUAGAAUAAUAUGUAAAUGGAUUAUAAAACAAAUACUCAUACUCUUAAAUUACAAUUUAAGGACUAGAUUAUAUGAUUGAGAGAGGAAUAGUAAAUGAUGGCAUUAAUUAAUUUUAAUUAAUUUCAAAAUUAGAAUCAAACAAAAUUAUUAGUACAACAACACCAUAUCCACAGGGACAAGCUUAUAUGUAAAAAUUUGAUAAUUUGUUUGCUUUUGGAAUUAUGCUCAAUCAUGAAUCAACUAUGAUCUGGGCUGCUAAUGUUAAUUACAUAAAUUACAAUUAAUAUUCAGGAAUUAGAAUAUUAAAUUAAAGUAUAUGGGAAUUUGUAAUUUUUCAAUUCCUAUUAUAAAAAUAUGAAGGAAAUGUUUUUUUAUAGAUUGCAUUGUUAGAAAAUAAUAAUAUCAAAAAUGAAAAACAAAAUCGUUUGUUAGAAAUAAAAGAAGGAAAAAUGGCAUUAUGUUAUUAUCUAGCAUAUGAGCUUAAUAAUUUCUUAUUAGAAUCCUAGUUAGAUGAAAUAAUAAAUGAUAUAUUGUAUAUUUUAUUGUAGAGACCAUCUAAUAGUUUAGAUUACUUUUAUAAUGGAUAAGAACUUAUAAUAUAGAAAUGUUAGCCUAAUUAUAUUUUGAAAAAUAAAGAAUGCUAAUGUGACAAUGAAAAUGGAUAUUAUAUAUAUAAUAACAUUUGUUAAUUGUAAUGCCCUGAUGAUUGCAUAACUUGUACUAAAGAAGUAUGUCUCUUGGCAGAUCAUUCUAUUAGAUGCUAGGAAAAUUAUUAUUUAGAUAUUCAAAAGAAUAUUUGUUUAUAAUGUUAUUAAACAUGCCAAACUUGUAAUAAUGAGAAAGAAUGUACAAAAUGUAAAAAUUAAUUCAUUCUCAGUAAUAGCUUAUGUUUGACCUGUUAAGAAUUUUAGUAAUAGUACAAAUGUGAUUAAUAUGAUUAGAAUUGUUUAUGUUUAAAAUGCAUGGAUGGAUAUUAACUAGAUGAAUUUUAUUAAUGUAUUGAAUGUUCAUAAAAUUGUAAAUCCUGUCAUUUACAAGAUCAAUGUAAUAUUUGUAAAGAUGGUUAUUACUUAAGUGAUAAUUAAUGUUUUUAAUGUAAUGAGAACUGCAUUCUGUGUUAAGAUUUGAAUUAUUGUAUAAAAUCUCAGAAAGGAUAUUAUAUCGAAAAUGGGAUUGCAUUAAAAUGUAUUAACAAUUGUCUAGAUUUCUUGAAUGAAUGUUAAUGUCAAGAUUGUUUUGAUAAAUAAUAUAGAAAUGAUAUUGAUUUAUUUUGUUAUCCAUGUCCUGUUGAUUGUUAAACAUGUGUAAAUUAAUAAACUUGCAUUAAUUGUGUUUCCAAUUCAUUUUAUCUGGAUAAUUCUGAAUGCAAAGAGUGCUAAUUUCCUUGCUUAACUUGUUUAAGUUAAACUAAAUGUCUCUCUUGUAUAGAUGAAUAACAUUAUUAUAUUAAAGAACAUCAAAAUUGUGCUUAGUGUCCAACACCAUGUAAGACUUGCUAUUAUAAUGAGAAUCCAUUAUGCACUAGUUGCUUACAAAAUCAUUAUUUAUUAAAUUAAUAAUGCUAUGGUAUUAUAAAUAUUCUAAUUUAUAGAAUGUCCGCUAUAUUGUAAAGAUGCAUGUAUUUUUGAUACUAUAAAAAAUUUCAUUUAAUGUGAGUAAUGUUAAAAAGGAUUUUAUCCCACAUAUAUAAACAUCCCAUUUGAAUGUAAAAGAUGUAAAGAAUAUUGUACAAUUUGUAUUAAUGAAGAAUCAUGUUUGGAAUGUUCAUUAGGGUAUAUUUUAAACAAUGGGAAAUGUCAAAGUUGUAGCUAACUUUAUUAAAACUAAUGCAUAAGUUGCAAUAAUUAGUUUUGUUUAUAAUGUUAGAAUGGAUAUAAAUUAAAUAAUGGGAAUUGUAUCGAAGAUAAAAUAAUUGAAGUCCCUAUUUGUCUUGUAAAUAAAUAGUAUUAUAAUACCAUAAGCAAUUCUUGUGACUCUUGCAUAUAGAAUUGUAUAAUUUGUAAAGAAUAAUAAACAUGUAUCAAAUGUGAAGAAACAUAUUAUGAGAAAUCAGAAAUUUGUAUUUAGUGUAAGUUUCCUUGUAAUACUUGUUUGAAUGAUUAAUUUUGUUUAACGAUCUCUAAUCAAUUAUAUUAUAUUGAUAAUAGAAUUACAGAAUUAAAUCAAAUUAAUAGUUUCAGAUGUAAAUCUCCUUGUAAUAAGUGCUAUUCAAAUGAAGAAUGUAUUGAUUGUAUAGAUGGAUUCUAUUUUGAAAAUAAUAAUAAAUGUCUUUAAUGUGAUUCUAUGUGUAAAACAUGUAAAAAUAUGAGUACUUUUUGUACUUCAUGCAAUUUAGGAUUUUUAUUAUUAAAUGGCGUAUGUUAUCAAUGCUUAGAUUAAAAUUGUUAAAAUUGCAAUCAAUUUUGUUAAUCAUGUAAUCACUUUAAGGAUGAUCUUUACAAAUGUUAAUCUUGUUUAAUAGGAUAUUAUUUAAUAAAUUAAGAAUGUCAUCAAUGCAAUUCUAUAUGUUAAUCUUGCUCAUAAUCAAGUAAUCAAUGUUCCUCUUGUUUUGAGGGAUACUUUUUAACAUCAGAAAUGAAAUGUGAAAAAUGUAAUUUAGGAUGCAAGUCAUGUUAAGUUUAAACAAAAAGUUGUAUUCUUUGUGAAGAUGGAUAUUAUUUAUCUGAGAUAAGUGAUUUUGUAUAUCAAUGUAUAAAAUGUGAGCAGGGAUGCAAAUAAUGUUAAGAAGAUGUAUGUUUAGUUUGUACUGAUUAUUACUAUUUAACAGAAGAGAGAAAGUGUUAAUAGUGUGUUCUUCCAUGUUUAAAAUGCACUACACUUACUUAAUGUACUCUUUGUGAAAAUGGUUAUUAUUUAAAUAAUGAAAUGUGUGAAAGAUGUAUGGAAAAUUGUUUAACAUGUUCAUCUUCUAAUAAUUGCUUAAUUUGCCAAGACUCAUAUUAAUUGGUUGAUCUUAAAUGCAUUAAAUGUCCAAAUAAUUGUAUCACUUGUAAUGAGGGUUAAUGCUUAUAAUGUGAAUAAGAAUACAUUCUUUAAAAUGAUGGUUACUGCCAUAAAGUUUCAGUUAUAUGUAAUAUCAAUUAAUGCUAAAAAUGCUUAGAUGUUAAUUUGUGUCUAAGCUGCUCAAAGGGUUAUACUCUCAACACUAAAAAUGAUGAGUGUAAAAUAGAAAAUCAAAUAUUGGAUUCAGAGUCAACUGAUAAAGAUGACAGUGGAACAAUUUUUAUUAUUAUUUCAGCUAUAUUUUCAUUAAUCUCAUUUACACUAAUUUAUUUGAUCAUAAAAUGCCGAAAAAUCUAGAUAAAAAUUAAACUUAUAGAAAGAACUUAGCCCAAAUUUCCUGAACUUCCAGUUACUAUAUCAGAAUUUCCUGCAGAUGAGUAAAACUGA